UAAGCAAGUCACUCAGACAUCGGGAGCUGCCGCGACAGCUGGGCGGGUGGCGUGGGACAUCGCGCCGUGACCUGUGCCGUGUCCUUCGCCUCGACACCGGACCCCAUGGCGACGCCUUCGCAGAAGAGGAGCACCCGCAGCGGGGCUUCGGGGACCCCCCUGUCCCCCACCCGCAUCACCCGCCUGCAGGAGAAGGAGGACCUGCAGGAGCUCAAUGACCGCUUGGCCGUCUACAUCGACAAGGUGCGCUCUCUGGAGCUGGAGAACGCCGGCCUGAGGCUCCGCAUCACCGAGUCCGAGGAGGUGGUGAGCCGAGAGGUCUCGGGCAUCAAGGCUGCCUACGAGUCGGAGCUGGCGGAUGCCCGCAAGACCUUGGAUUCCGUGGCCAAGGAGAGAGCUCGGCUGCAGCUGGAGCUCAGCAAAGUCCGGGAGGAGCACAAGGAGCUGAAAGCCCGGAAUGCCAAGAAGGAAGGGGACCUGCUCACUGCCCAGGCACGCCUCAAGGAUGUGGAGGCUUUGCUUAAUUCCAAGGAAGCUGCGCUCUCCACAGCCCUGGGCGAGAAGAGGAACCUGGAGACUGAAGUGCGCGAUCUGAGGGGGCAGGUGGCCAAGCUGGAAAGUGCCUUGAACGAAGCCAAGAAGCAGCUGCAGGACGAGAUGCUGCGCCGCGUGGACGCUGAGAACCGGCUGCAGACGCUGAAGGAGGAGCUGGAGUUCCAGAAGAACAUCUACAGCGAGGAGCUGCGGGAGACCAAGCGCCGCCACGAGACGCGGCUGGUGGAGAUCGACAACGGGCGGCAGCGGGAGUUUGAGAGCAAGCUCUCCGAGGCCCUGCAGGAGCUGCGGAGCCAGCACGAGGCCCAGAUCAGGCUUUACAAGGAUGAGCUGGAGAAGACCUACGGGGCCAAGCUGGAGAACGCCAAGCAGUCGGCUGAGAGGAACAGCAACAUGGUGGGUGCUGCCCACGAGGAGCUGCAGCAGACCCGCAUCCGCAUCGACAACCUCUCCUCGGAAGUGAGCCAGCUGCAGAAGCAGCUGGCCGCCAAGGAAGCGAAGCUGCAUGAUUUGGAGGAUAUUCUGGCCAGGGAACGCGAGACCAACCGGCGCCUGCUCUCGGAUAAGGAGCGGGAGAUGGCCGAGAUGCGGGCGCGCAUGCAGCAGCAGCUGGAUGAGUACCAGGAGCUGCUGGACAUCAAGCUGGCUCUGGAUAUGGAGAUCAACGCCUACCGCAAGCUGCUGGAGGGCGAGGAGGAGCGGCUGAGGCUGUCCCCCAGCCCUUCCUCCCACAAAGGUGGGUCCCGAAGCCACUUGUCCACCUCGGGCUCCUCCAAGAAGCGGAAGCUGGAGGACAGUGAGAGCCGGACCAGCUUCUCCCACCACGCCCGGACCAGCGGCCGUGUCGGAGUGGAGGAGGUGGACUUGGAGGGCAAGUUUGUCCGUCUCAGGAACAAGUCCAAUGAGGACCAGGCGAUGGGGAACUGGCAGAUCAAGAGGCAGAAUGGGGAUGAUCCCCCCAUCACCUACCGCUUCCCCCCCAAGUUCACUCUGAAGGCUGGUCAGGUGGUCACGAUCUGGGCCUCGGGAGCUGGAGCGACCCACAGCCCCCCCAGCAACGUGGUGUGGAAAGCCCAGAGCAGCUGGGGCUCCGGGGACAGCCUGCGCACCGCCCUCAUCAACUCCAACGGCGAGGAGGUGGCCAUGAGGAAGCUGGUCCGCACCGUGAUCAUCAACGAUGAUGAGGAUGAGGAUGAUGACGAAAUAAGCAUCCACCACCGCCAUCACCACGGGAGCUGCAGCGGCUCUGGGGACCCCGGUGAAUACAACCUGCGCUCCCGCACCGUGGUGUGCGGCACGUGCGGCCAGCCGGCCGACAAGUCGGGCACCCAGAACGCCGGCGUCAACACCAUGUCCUCGGGCUCCUCCACCUCCAGCGUGACCGUCACCCGCAGCUACCGCAGCAUGGGCGACUCCGGCAUCGGCCUCGGGGACAGCCUGGUGACCAGGAACUACCUCCUGGGGAGCUCCAGUCCCCGCAGGCAGGCUCAGGCUGUGCAGAACUGCAGCAUCAUGUAACCCCGUGGCGCAUUCCUGUGGUUCCUGCCCAUCUCCAGCUAGGUGAUUUUUUUUUUUCCCAAAG